AUGCGGCCUUUUUAUAUCGUGGUGUGUUUGGCGACGAUUUACGGACUCGUAAGAACGGAACGGAUCGUCACCGGUCAUCUGAUCGAGGAUUUUUAUCAACAGAAAUACGUUCACCAGGUCACUGUCUUUGCCUGCUGGAAUAAUUUUGAAACAACGGCUUUCAAUCGAGAGCUGAUGAAUUCUGGUAUAAAAACUGGAUUCGUCUACGUUCCCAACGAGAGCUUGAAUAUGCGCCAAAUUCUGACCGUCAACUAUUACAAACUCGGCGUUGUCUUGGACUUGGACUGUCCGGGGAGCCGUUUGGUUCUUGAUCAGUUUACGGAACAAAACAUCCCCUUCAACGAGUCCUACUCUUGGCUCCUCGUUACGAACCAGACGAUGCCGAGAACUUUACUGAGCACGCUGCCUCUUACAAUCGAAACCGAGUUGGUCGUUGCUCUUGUCGUAGCAAACGACAUUUUCGAACUCUACGAUGUUUACAACCCGAGUUAUCGACACGGGGGUGAUCUAAACGUGACUUAUAUGGGACAAUGGGAUGUGCAACAAGGUCUGACCGUCAAUUUGACGCAGUACAAGUACCAACGACGUGGCGAUCUUCGCGGACUUUCCCUCAACGUCUCGAUCGCUAUCACUCAUACUCCUACUCCAGACUUCAUGACGUACAUAACGUAUCCCAUUAACCGGCACCUGGAUACGAUGCACCGUUUCAAUUACGCCCUGGUUUGUCAGCUGCGUGACUCUUACAAUUUCAAGAUGAAUUUGAUGAAAGCCACUUCGUGGGGAUAUCUCAUGGAGAACGGUUCGUUUAACGGAAUGCUUGGUGACAUGAUUGCUGGCAGAGUUGAUAUUGGCGCAACGCCUCUGCAGUUCAAGGAAGAACGAAUCGACGUCGCCGAAUUUACAGUUCAAACUUGGCUGGCGAGACCCUGCUUCAUAUUUCGCCAUCCAAAGAAAAACACAGUUCGCAACGGUUUCCUUCGGCCCUUCGCGCCCAACGUUUGGAUACUCACGAUACUGACGGCCUUUGUGUGCUGGUUUCUAUUGUACAUUACAGUGAAGGUAGAACCUUGUUUGACUCACCGUACGGCCGAAACUACCCUCGAUAUUCACGCUGCUUCGGAGACUGCUCUGAUAGUUGCCGCCUCUUUGUGCCAGCAAGGUCUAACGGAUGGGCCGCAGUUGUUCUCCGGGCGAAUCGUCUUCAUCUUCCUUUUCAUCUGGGGCCUGCUUUUGUAUCAGUUUUACUCAGCCAGUAUCGUGGGUUCCUUGCUCGCUCAGAACCCUAGGUAUAUAAACACCCUAAAGGACCUCCUGGACAGCGAUCUGCGUGUAGGAAUCGAGGAUAUCGCCUACAACUACGAUUUUUUUGCGACGACCACUGAUCCAGUGGCGCUGCAGCUCUACAAGAAAAAAGUAGCACCCUCCAGGAAGCGGAAGCAGCCCGCGUAUUACAGCCCUCGCGAUGGUCUUAGCCUCGUACAAAAGGGCGGUUUUGCUUUUCACGUCGACGUUGCCACCGCCUACAAGAUAAUCACGGACACUUUUGCCGAGGACGAAAUAUGCGAUCUCGUAGAAAUCCAAUUGUUUCCUCCGAAACAUACGGCUACGGUUACGAGUAAACAUUCACCGUUUAAAAAAAUGGUCACUUACGGGUCAGUGAGGCGUCUUACUUGUCGAAUAUACCUCCAAGCCACAAAAGUCUCUGCGAUUAUUCUUUUUUUUUUCUCACACAGGAUGCGGAAAAUCAUCGAACGAGGGAUGGCCGAACGUCUGCGGCACGUUUGGCACUACCGGAAGCCGAUUUGUCCAGAGAGUCACAGUGCAAUCCCGGUUCCUGUAUCCCUCGAGGAAUUUUCACCAGCUUUAUUUUUGCUCUCGAUGGGUAUGACGCUGGCUGGCACUCUUAUAUACCUCGAGAAAUACGCCAAGCGACGAACCGCUUUGAAAAAGAAACAGAACUUCCUCGUGACAUGUUUUAUAGUUGACAAAUGGUUUCUGCUUUUGCAAGUUAUGUAUCUUUCGAUUUUUCUGACCUUCGCACAGCUGUUGGCCAGUGUCACGGCCUCGAUAGAUCAGAAUGAGCUGAGCAAUUUAAUCAUCGACUACAUUGAUUACAAAAAUGCCAGUCGUUUGAUUUCGGCAUUCCUUUGUCUGCGAGAUCUUGACUCGGUGUCACUGAGCCAAAAAAUAAUGAAUGCGUCGAUUAGCGCGACGAUAUUUAAUCCGUCGAAAAUAUGCGGUGAUAGAGAAUCGCUGGAGGAUCUCCUCCGCUAUAAUUACCAUAGUAUAAAUAUCGCAACAGACCUUGAUUGCGAGAGUAGCAAGGAAUUGCCGACUGGGAUUUCGGCUGGCAAAAUGUUCAACCAUUCCUACUCCUGGCUUUUGACCAGCAAUAAUAAGAGCGACGCCCUAGCGUUCAUGGGAGGGUUGAAUCUGAGCGUCGAUGCCGACGUCGUGGUGGCAAUCACAGCUGAGGAAACCGUCAAAUUAUACGAUAUAUUUAAUACGGGAAGUGAUCGAAACGGGACGUUGAACGCGACAUUUAUCGGUACCUGGCGGUCGUUGUCCCCUCGUUUGAACAUCUUCAAACUGCAAAGCCCGGUUUAUCGCCGCCAAAACCUUACCGGGAUUACUCUGAAAUUUGCUGCUGUGACGGCGUACAUGGAUCCGCGGGAAGAUGACCCGAUCAAGUAUCUUUCCAACCCUGCGAACAGAAGCUACGACACCAUAUCCAAGAUCAAUUACGCCCUGGGUGUAAUCCCUCGCGACUUCUUCAACUUAACAGUGGAAAUAUCCACGUGGUUCGACUACGGUGGACGAUGGAAUGGGACGCCCUUCUUCGGGAUGAUGGGUGCCUUGGGACGCAGGGAGGCCGAUUUCACUCUUGGCGGUACCGUUGUGACGCAAGAACGGUUGGAGUACUGCACUCCGGUCGUGCAGAACUACCCAUUUUGGACUGGUUUCCUGUUCAAACAUCCCGUCAGUCACUCCGUCAGGAAUGUUUUCCUGGAGCCGUUGUCGCCUUCUACGUGGAACGCGGUGAUUGUCUUGUCACUUCUUGUCACUGUCGUUCUAAGUAUCGGGACGCGCUAUCACAGGCAAGAAAAUGGUAACCCUUGGUCCUUUGGGAUCUAUUCGACUCUGGCUACACUCUUUCAGCAAGGUGGAGAUAUAAGAAACCAUCGUUGUUGCGAACCGCGGCUUCAAGCCCCUCGAGGUCUAAAACUCCAACUGUUCUCAGGGUGGCACAGCUCUCUACCUGGUCAGAGCGGACAUCUCCUCUUCAUAGUUUUCACGCUCUUCAGCAUGCUGCUGUACAACUUUUACAGCGCUUCUGUAGUCUCGUCGCUGCUCUCGACCCCCCCACAAAAUAUUCGUACGAUUGGGGACUUGUUGAAUUUUGGAAUGCCAUCUGCCUACGAGAACGCUUCGUAUGUUCCACACUACUUCAAAAUAUCAACUGUACCCGCGGAAAAGAUGUUCUACGAGAAGAUGCUGCUGGAUAAAGGUAAACCAAAGAUUCUUCCCCGCUCUGAUGGCAUCCGAAGGGUUAAGGAAGGGGCGUUCGCCUAUCACACCACCCCUGCUGACGCUUACGAGGAGAUUGCCCAAGAGUUCGCUCAACCUGAGAUUUGCAGCUUGGCCGAGAUCCCGUUCAUCAGGAAGUCAGUGCUUGCGAUGUGGGCAUCGCGCGAGAAUCCCUACAGAGAGCAUCUCAAGAUCAUACAUCGGCCUCUGCAGGAAGUCGGAAUCCUGGCCAGAGAACAGAAGCGUUGGAUUGCUCCGAAACCGGAAUGCCUCGGUAGCACCGCAGUUAUUAACAGCCUUGCGUUGAACGAUGUAGCCCCGGCAUUUCUGGGUCUCCUGUGUGGCACUUUUGCCGCAGUUUUCAUAUUCCCUCUGGAACUCGCACACCGUUCGUUGAAAGAAAAGGGGUUAGAAAUGCAUUUUUUUUCUACCACUUUUCCAAUUUUCACUCAAGAUGUACAGCAAUACGGGACAGUUUGCGACGCGGAAUUUAUUCGUCACUAA